UCACAGUCAUCUGAUAGCUUAACAUUUCUCUAAAAUUUUAAUCUUUGGAUUAAUAAUAUCAAUAAAUACAAUAAAAAUUGCCAUUCUGAAAUGACAUUCAUUCACAAUGUUUUUUUUAGUAAUUUUGGGGUUCGUUUUUUCUAGCAAUGCUGCUGCCUGCACCAUAAAUCCAUUUGGUGCCCUCCUACCGACGCCACUUUUGGUGAAUUCAACCAAUUUCGUUUAUCCUACUAGGGCUGGAACUAGAACCAUUUCAUUUAGCCGAGGCCAAGCUAUAGACUUGGCUUGUCCUGGUGGCCGAUUGGUACUUGGAGGUACCGCUACAAGAUUGUCAGUUGCAACUGCUACUUGUGUGUCUGGAACUAGUUUUAGUUUCAACAUAAACAGUACACAAACAAGGCAUUCUUGGGCUCAAAUCAGAUGUUCAGUCAAUCCAACUUGGACUGCCAGGUACACCGGAAGAACUUGCGAGUCCAACGGAAGAGAAGUUGAAGUUGGUUAUGCCAUAAACACUACAAGAUUCAUCAGAACUAUUCUGACAUGCUUCGAUGUGGCACGUCAAUCACCCAUUUACACGUUCUUCGAAUUAAUUCCCGCUAUCAACCAGCAAAUUAGUGGUACUCCUCGGCCAAGCUGGACCCAGGGUUCUGGUAUAUUUAACAUAACCAACGUGAAUACGCUUUAUACACAAGCAACCCAAAGAAAAACAAUAAAUGGUUUGUUAGGUUUGCCUGCAGCUAGUACACAGUACAUACAAAAUAAUAAUCAUUUUUUGUCCAGAGGGCAUUUGACCGCUAGAAGUGACUUUUUCUACGCUUCCCAGCAAAACAGUACGUUUCAUUUUGUUAAUGCUCUGCCUCAAUGGCAAACUUUCAACGGCUUUAAUUGGCAGCAGGCUGAACAGGACGUGCAAGAUUAUGUUGAAAUGAAUAAUGUCCGUUUACAAGUUUGGACAGGUGGUUUUAAUGUAACAACUUUGCCUCAUGCCAUAACAGGUGCCCAAAUCCCGCUCUAUCUUCAGGUCAGUGGUAAUCAAAGGCGUAUGCCAGUUCCGGAAAUUUUUUGGAGAGUGGUCUACAAUCCUACAAGUCGACGUGGCGUGGUUCUGAUUGGUGUAAACAACCCGUACAAAACUUUAGCUCAAAUUGACCGGUUUUGCGACGACAGAUCUAAUUUGUUGACGUGGUUGAAUUGGCAAAAGGACAAUCAAUCCAGAGGAUUUUCUUGGGCUUGCACCGUAACGGCUUUCCGGAGAAUCGUCAAAGAUUUUCCCGAAAUCACAGUUUCAGGAUUGUUGUUUUAGGCGGAGUUUUUAUUAUUAAAAUUAUUAUACCUACUAGAGUUUUUAUUUGUUGGGACUUUUUUAUUAGCUGCAUUUGCACUAAUGAUCUUUAUUAUGAUCAAUGAUAUUUUUCUGUGCCUUUUCCU